GCUUAAUGACUGAGCCACCCAGACAAGCAAGUUGUGUGUCAGAGAAGCAGUCACACGCCCGUUAUCACAGUAGGAAAAGCGAUGAAACACGCAAAAAGAGUAAAAAGGACUGGGGCUGCAACUUCAGCACACGAGAAGAGAGGAAGGACAGAAAAAAGGACAGAAAACUACGCAGUACCAAUGCCGGCUACACCACGCGGAGACGCCGCCGGAAGGCGGCGCCGGAAGUCGGGGCGCGGCUUCCGGACCUCACGCCGGAAGGGGCUCGUCAGCGCCGCCGAAAGAUCUUCGUGGAGAAAGUCGCUUUUGGGUUGAGCUGCCGGUUGUCCACGAGGUUCUUUGAGUUCGCUCCCAAGCGUAUCUGCAAUUCAAAAUGUCGCAGCCGUCCCCCCAAACUAAGCCCUGCAACCCCAGUAACCCCAGAGUCUUCUUUGAUGUGGACAUCGGAGGGGAGCGAGUUGGUCGAAUUGUCUUAGAAUUGUUUGCAGAUAUUGUACCCAAAACUGCAGAAAAUUUUCGUGCAUUGUGUACAGGGGAAAAAGGCAUUGGACCCACCACUGGGAAACCUCUUCAUUUCAAAGGAUGCCCUUUCCAUCGAAUUAUUAAGAAAUUUAUGAUUCAGGGUGGAGACUUCUCAAAUCAAAAUGGGACAGGUGGAGAAAGUAUUUAUGGUGAAAAAUUUGAAGAUGAAAAUUUCUAUUAUAAGGUAAAGUAGGCAAAAGUGUUUAUU